CUCACACGCCCCUCCUCUCUCGCGCCGUCGGCUUAUCUGAGAUACCCACAUCCACUGGCGUCUCCUCUGCAGGGUGGAAAUUCAAGAUAUGCUGCUCUGGGACUCGGCCUGACGUCACUCUCUCGGCACUCAGGCCAACACCUCGCUAUAGAUCGCUUAUAACACCAGUGAAGAGGCGUCGGGAUGGCGGACUCAGGUAAAACCACUUUAAAUACAGCCCCUGUUGUCAAUGCCAGAAAAAUUGGAAAAGAAAUUUCUCCUAAAGUCUUUGUCAUUGAGGUACCCAAAGAACGAGCACCUCUCCUUGACAGUCCCCGCCCCCAUGGGUCCACGAGCUUCCAUCCAACCAUUCCAACCAGCUACCAGAACCCUCCUGACGUUGCUGUUCUGCCUGCUGGUGGUGCUAGUGGUUCCCAGGAUGAGACAGAUGGUGUGAUUCUCCCUCAAAGGCAUGGCCACAGGAAGGGCAGUAGGACCAGUGAUGGUAGUGAGGUGGCCCUGAAGGUUUACAAAUCGAGGUUUUGGAUCUUGAUAACGUUCUCUAUCUUGGCGUGGUUCCAGUGCGUCCAAUGGAACACUUGGGGUCCCAUAAGUGAGAGUGUCGACGCUGCCUUUGCAGGAUGGGGGUCUCAGACAGUAGCCAUGAUGGCUAAUUGGGGUACCAUUACCUUCGUCUUGUUUGUCGUGCCCAUGUGCUGGCUAAUGGAAACCAAAGGACUUCGAGUGGGAGUCCUGACAUGUGUGAUCCUAAUAGCCAUUGGAACAGUGAUUAGGAUAAUUCCCUUUAUAACUCACUCUGACUCCUUCUUCACAGCGUAAGUAUA